AUUAAAUUGUAUAUAAUUGUUUUUAUAAUUAUGUACCGAUCAUAAUAAUUUCGAGAGCCGUCGCGGCGGUGUCCAUGCAUAAACAUGCGAAAAAGAACAUUUAGAUGACGUGAUCGCCUCGAAGUCGGAACUGAAGGGGAGAGAAGAAAAAAACAGAAUAACUUUGUCGUUCGGCAUGUGUUGCACUUUUACCUCUCUGCCGUGCACCGUUUCAACAGAGACAGAAUAAACAAAAAAAAAUAGAAAUAACGCCUAUACUUUUUGUUUAUUCUUUGUCUUACACUAUCGCGACAGCAGCGGUAGACGGAGAGGUAAAAACCAAGUGCAUUUGCUUCGCGAACUGGGUUGGAACAGACGUGUAAGUUGCAACUGUAAUUUUGUUCGAAUUGUAAAUUUUGCAGUUGUACCUUAGAUUCCUAACAUGUAUUUGUAAAAAUAGAUAAGCAUAUGAGAUUAUUAGAACGUUGUUACAUAUAAAAUUUGUUAUUUUUUACUUUUUUUUUGGAGUAAUAGUGGUAGUAGUGCUAGAGCCGUUUAUCGUAAGCUGGCUGAUUUUAAAAAAUGCCAGAGGCGUUUAUCGUGAGCUGGUUAUUUGCAAAAAAGUGUUACAAACGAUUAUCAUGAGCUAACUAAUUUUUAUUUUGCUGUCAGAGGCAUAAAUUUUUAAGCGUAAUUUACACGGAGCGUCUCUUAUUCAUUUUUUAACAAGCGUCUUAAUUUGUUAGCAAAUUCACUGAUAAAAUUGCUGAUUUUCUUAUUCGUCAACGUCUACAAUUUUAAAAUCGUAUUUAUUAAUCACUAUCUUAAAGUUGAACAUUUUCAAUUUUAUUGCUCUUGUCAAACGAAUGAUACUAGUAUAAAAAGUCUCUGUGUUCAACUAUUUUCAUGUUGAUGAUAAGCAAAUGAAGUCGCUAGCAGUUGUCAUGGCGUCACAGAAUGAUAUAACUCGAGCUGCCGUUGUCAAACGAAAGAACUUUAAUUUAAUACAAACUAGUCGUGAAUUUAUUAUUUUUUAUUUUGUAAUUUUAAUCUCACAAUUGUAAUCAACCUCAAAAACUUAUAAUUUCAAUGUUUCGUUCAAUAAAAAAAUAUGCUCAUCAAAGUGUUAAUAUAAAAAGACAAGAGCCUUAAAAAAUGUUUUCUUUACAAAAAAUAUUUCUAGGAAUAUGCAUAUUAUUGCAUAGAAAAGUAAAAAUUAUUGUUACAUUAAGACAUAUUUUUUUUACAUAAAAGUUAUUAUUACAUAAAAGAAUAAAUCUCGAAAUUUUUCUUCGUGCAUACGGAAGUUAUUUUUUUCAGAAGAUCAUGAAGUAUCAUUGCUAUUUGUGAUUUUUUAAAAUUUCUAUUUCAAAGUUCUGUAAUUUCUUGAAUAAUAAAUGAGUUUUCGAAUUUUAAGAUAUAUUGUUUUUACUUUAUCAGUUUAACGUAAAUUUUUAUAAAGGCUCCGUUAUACAUAUAUGGAGAACACGAAAAAAACACGUACACGUAUAUGAAUGUUCAAACAACAAAUGUUGAAAUAUUAACGACCACGCUGCGACUUUAAAACUGUAGACGCUAUAUAGCAAAGAGAAAACGCUAAAACGCUGGCGACUUUGUUAACAACGUUUAAAUGAUUUAAUACUAGCGAAUUUUAUUGGUCAGAAAUUUGGUUUAGAAGAGCGAUAAGCUGGCGAUAAAAGACGCCAGCAGCAAGCGUCGAUAGUUGCUUUGUGUAAAUAACGCUUAACACGUCGCUUUUUCACCGUCACAGAUGUUUCGUGCGUGUAAAAGAAGCAUCAUUCAUAAUCUCGCCAUCGCAUUGUCGCAUAAUCUCGAAAUCAUAGUGAUCGAGAUUAAAGAAACUAAAUUUUGUAAAAAUGCUACACUUGACUUUAAUUGUUUUUGACCGUGACUGUUUCGCUUAAUUCUUUUAUGUGGUUUAGAAAAUUUUAAUAAGCAUUUCUAUGAAAAGUGAUUAUCUAAUUUUAAAAAGCACAAAUGUGAAUUUAUAAAAGUGUGAUAGAGUUUCGUGAAUUUUUGUACCUUUAUCAAAUUUAUGAUAAAGCGAAUAAAUUUUAAGUAAGCAUUCUCUAUUUCUGUUUUUUUACAGUUGAAUAUCUUACUUGUCUUGCAAACACAAACUGAUCUUUAAGAUUUCGCAGUCUUAAAAUCUUCCAAAGAAUCAACCUGUAUUAAAUAAUUUAACGCUCGUUAAAUUUCUGUGGGAUGUUGGAUAAUUCGUGUGCGACGGAAAAUAAUUGCAUUUAAUAUUUUGUGCCAAAUUGUAAAUUUUACAAGUCUAUUUAUUCAAGUUCCUGAAUUUUAAAUGAAAAAGAGUGCCGAUGGCAACAACAUAUAAAAUCUAUCGAAUGUAAAUAUCUGAUUGCUGAUUUUUGCUUUAAAACUCGAGGCGCAAUUGUUACGGGAGUACAUUCGGGUUGUGAACGUAUAGCAAAUGCUUGUAAUAAUACAUUAUAAAAGCGUGGAGGAGGGGUAAUAAACUUAAAAUUUUCUUUGAAUGCUUGGCAUGUGAGCCAUUCGAUGUCUCUCGGCACGAGUCGCACUCGUGGUCGUCAAACCACAUAGUAAUUAUCCGACCUCAUGGGUUUUUUAAAACUCAGUAGUGAAGAUCUGAAGCGUGCAUGGGGACCUCAUGUGGAGGACCCGAGGCCGUUCAGACUAAAAAGACGCCGGUGACAGUAUGAAAACUGUAGAAAGGUCGAGAAAAAUUGAGAAUAUUGACCGACCGUUUUUCUCCACGCUCACUCAACGUUUAGCAUAUGCAUGUGUGAGUCGAAGGGAGGGGAGAAAAAACAUUGGCAAAUCAAAUGUGUCCUUGCGUGGGACAGUUUUUUUUUUCUAGGUCAGAAUCUUUGGGACCGUCGUAAGGGAAGGUGCAUACAGUUCGCGAGUGCUGUAGCAUUGUAUUUAGAAUAAAAGUAAAGCAUUGUUCGCAUUCAAACUUAUUCUGAAAAUCGUUUCUCCUUGUCUAUUACAGCAAUGGAUUUGAUGGAUAAUCGGCCAACGUUUGACUUGGUCGAUUGGAUCAUAUUCAUCGGCAUGUUGGGCGUCUCUACCCUAAUAGGCAUUUAUCACUAUUAUGCAUCCAGGAAAAAGGUGGACGCCGUGGGAGAGUACCUUGUAGGUGGCCAAAAGAUGUCUGUAUUUCCGAUAAGCAUGUCUUUAAUAGCAAGCUACAUAUCGGGUAUUGCGUUGCUGGGAUUGCCGGCCGAAAUGUACGUUUACGGAACGCAAUUUUGGUGCAUCGCAAUCGCGGACAGUUUUGUAUCCGUGACGAUGGCGAUCGUGUACCUACCGGUUUUCUAUGAACUCCGAAUUACGUCGAUUUAUGAGUAUCUAGAAUUAAGAUUCAAUCGAGUGGUCAGACUUAUGGGAUCUUUUAUCAUCAUCAUCCAGAUGCUGUUUUACAUACCGCUGGUGAUAUACGUGCCGGCGCUAGCCUUCAAUCAAAUGACCGGAAUGGAUCUUUACACGAUCAUGUUGAUAGUUAGCGCCGUGUGCAUCUUCUAUACGACGAUGGGGGGCUUAAAGGCUGUCGUUUGGACGGAUACUAUUCAGACGGUGCUGAUGUUCGGCGCCGUCAUCCCCGUUGCUGCACUCGGCACCGCCAGAGUCGGUGGCGUGGCGGAGGUGUGGAGAAGAAAUGUCGAGACAGAGAGAAUUGAAUUCUUCAACAUGGAUUUGAAUCCUACGAUAAGGCACACUUUCUGGAGCGUAGUAGUUGGCAAUUAUUUAAAUUGGCUGGCCAUGUGUACGGUGAACCAAGCGACGGUGCAACGAUGCCUGGCGAUGUCGAACUUAAGGAAGACCAAUAUGGCAAUUAUCAUAAUGACCGUAGGUAUAACGUGUAUUAUGUCGUUAUGUUGCUACACAGGAAUAGUCAUCUACGCGGUUUUUUAUGACUGCGAUCCGAUUACAACAAAGCAAAUAAGAAGGCGUGAUCAGCUGUUACCAUAUUUCGUGAUGGUGUUAUCAAAAGCCAUACCAGGCUUACCGGGAUUAUUCGUUUCCGGUUUAUUCAGUGCGGCAUUGAGCACAAUGUCGACCGGAUUGAAUUCCAUGUCAUGUGUAAUCUACGAAGACAUGAUCAAGCCGUGUCUUCGUAAGCCGAUUUCCAAUGUUGGCGCGAGCCGCGUAAUAAAAGCCACGGUUGUUAUAAUAGGAGUCAUUUGCAUGGGUUUUGUAUUUAUUGUGGACAAGUUGAGCGGUUUAAUUCAGUCUUGGAAAAGCUUGACCGCAAUAACUGGCGGGCCCUUACUUGGAAUGUUUACGUUGGGUAUGCUGUUUCCAAUGGCCAACUCUAAGGGAGUGUUCGUCGGUGCGUUUGUUAGUCUGAGCUUGGUCGCUUGGAUAUCGUUCGGGACACAAGCGGCGAUCUCUAACGGAUCGAUUUACUUCCCGGUGAAACCAGUAUCGAUAGACGGAUGCACCGAAUCGUUGAGAAGUACCGCUGGAAACCUCACGACAAUCGUCGAAACCACUGUCAGAGAACAACCUUUCUUUCUGUACAGAAUGUCGUAUCUCUGGUACACGUUGGUAGGUUUCCUAAUUACAAUUUUAAUAGGCCUGCUAGUCUCCUGGUUCACUGGUCCGUCUAAAUAUAGUUGCGCGGACAAGAGAUUAUUUACACCCGUUGUACACUGUUUUUUAAGCUCGAGAAAUUAUCAAAAUAAGGUACAUAUAAUUUCGCGGCCCUCAAUCGAGCAGAAUAUCUUACAUAAUCUAAUGUAUAAUUUGUUUUACUUUUCCUUUUUCUUACAGAAUGAAGCUGAACUUGCAAAAAUGAUAAACGACGUGAAUAGUAUUACGCAAACUUCUUCAAAAUGUUAAUAUCUCUUUUCUUUGUUGCAGUUUAGCUAGACAAAAUGUAUACAACCGCACAUGUCAAAUUUGUAUUCGUGUAUUCGACUUAAUUCCGAUAUAUCAUCAAAUUACAUUUAUUAUUAUAGAAGCUACGAUUCGCAAACGUUUGACGACACAAAUGAUUUUCUUGGUAUAUAUGUAUGUUGUAAGGAUUUAAUGCAGGGAAACGUAAUUAGUUUCCUUGGGAGGCCAAAAAUUGUAAAAAUUUAAGUUAUGUAGUGGUCCGCAACAGCUAAAGAACUUAUAAGUAUAUAUUAAAUAUAU